AUGAUAAUAUUAUGUGGACUAUCUGAGUAUAUUUUGGCAACAAACUCUGAAAACAACAAUACAUUACUACUUCAAAAGUUCAAACCUCCAGAUAUUUCAGCUUUCAGCAGUAAGAAUUCAAUCAAUAAAAGAAUGUCAGCUCUUGCAUCAUUAACUGCUAAUUAUACAGACUCUGAAGAUGAAGGUACUACACCCAGUCAACGUAGACAUAUUGAAGAAGUGUCUAUUUCAAAUGUACCUCAGGAAGAACAUGUACCCAGUCCUCAAUUACAAAUACCGAAUUCGGCUCCAGCUGUAACUAAUCCAGAUGAUGACAAAAAAACUAAUCUUGUAUCAUAUUUUGAAGAUCACGAUAUUGUGAUGUCAGAUGAGGAAAUAGACAGACGUUCAGAUGUAGAUGAAGAAGAUAUUUUACCGCCAGAACCUCAUGGCAGAUGCUCUAAAGAACUCCAAGAUAAAAUUACUCGAUUGCAUGAAAAAAUGGAAAAAGAUGGCAUGGAUAUGAAUUUUUUAAUCCAAAAAAGAAAAGAUUUUCGAAAUCCUAGCAUAUACGAAAAACUUUUACAAUUUUGUAAUAUUAAUGAAUUGGGCACCAAUUAUCCACCACAUCUAUAUGAUCCAUUAAGAUGGGGCAAAGAAUCAUUUUAUGAAGAAUUGGGUCGCUUGCAGAAAGAAGAUAUGGAAAAGAGACAGAAAGAAAGAAAAGAAAAAACUAAAGUUGAAGUUGUGUCUGGUACGAAAAAGACUUCAUCAAUCAAUGUUUCAAGUUCCCAUAAACAAGAUGACAAGAAAAGUAAAUGGGAUCUGACAACAUCUGUAACAGGUACAAAGGGAACAAUUAUCUCAGCUUUUGGUUCUUUACCGAAAAAACAAAAAUUGGAUAUUCAUUAA